AUGCAAGAUGAAGAUUUUGUUAAUUUACCAGUGUUUUUUAAAGACAACGAUUUUUACCAAGAUAUGGAAAACGAAGCGAUGAUCCAGUUUUCUGACGAUCUUUUAAAAAAUAAAAUAUUGGAUUGUAAAUUAUGCAGCAAUCUUUGCAUGCCUGUUAUUAUUAUGGUGGUGGGAAAAGGAAAUGUAUGUGGAAACUGUUUCCUUCAAUGUGAAAAGGAAAUGAAAUUGAAGGCAAUGAGAAACGAUUCGCUUCAGUAUAUUUUAACCAAAUUAUUUUUGCCAUGCAAAUUCCAAUCAAAAGGCUGCAAUAAAAGGGUACCCUAUACAAGUUAUUCCCAGCACAUUCUUAACUGCGAAUUUAAAAUAAAAUCAUGUCCGAUGAUAAAUUAUAAGGGUUGUAAAUGGAACGGAACCAUUCAUGAAGUAAGCGAUCAUAUUUUGAGGGACCAUGUAGAACACGUCAUUAAAAGUGAAAAUAAUAUUUUUAAAGUCGAGAAUUCCCUUUCUGAACCGUUUAACGUCAAGUUAUUUUCGAAUGGCUACAACAGUUAUCUUUUGAAGACUUUGGUGGUCGAAAAUAAUUUUAUUUACGCUCUUGAUCCACUAAGACAAUCCGAAGAAAAUAUUCAAUAUAACGUAAAACACAAGAGCAUUAAAACACCAAACCUUGCUAUGAUAAAUACCAUAGGGACCCUAACCCAAUUUAAUGAAAAUUAUAACGAAAUAAACCUAAAUAAGAACCCCAAAGCAACGUCGGUGGAUAUGGACUUUUUAAAACAUUUGGCAGACGAACAAAAUAUGAUAACCAGCGAAUUUAAUUUAAAUCCAGAUGGGUUGGAUGAACAUUUGUUAAAACAAUUGGAAUGUCCUGUUUGUUUCCUCACAAUGAGACCACCAAUUACUCUGUGCACUAAUGGGCAUAGUAUUUGCGCUUUGUGUCGUCCAAAUGUAAAUGAAUGUCCAACUUGUAGAAAGGAAUGGACUAAUGCUAGGAAUUUUUCUAUAGAAAGUCUUGUUUCUAAGGUACAGUUUCCCUGCAAGUACAAUACAUCUGGAUGCAAGGAAAUCGCGAUAGAUGAUCACGAAGAUUUGUGUCAGUUAAAAAUCUAUGAAUGUCCAAUGGAUUGUCUUGAACGUGGGCCCUUUCAGUUUAUAUUGAAUCAUUUAAAUACCAACCAUAAAGAUAUGGAAUGGAAGAACGAAUCGGAACAAAAAAUAGAACAAACAGAAACAGAUACACAAUUGUAUUGGAUGGAGUUGGAUUCGAAGUUAUUUAAAAUAUCACUAUAUAAAAAAAUUAAAUUAAUCAUCAGAAUAGUUGGCUCUGAGAAUAUUUACCCAAUGUAUAAGUGUGCUGUAUCAGUAAAAGGGUUGUUUAAUAUUGGAGAUUAUAUUAACCUAUCUAAAAUACAUUCACGUAGAUUUGAUAUGUUUACUAUUUAUAUUAAAAAAUGCGAAUAGUUACAUAUUCCAAGACAAUAGCUGGAGGUGAAGAUUUUAAAUUAAUAUACUUAACCCAUUAUUAUUAAUAUAUUAUAUAUAAUUUAGUACUUAUAACUCAUUUGUGGCCUCUGCGUAUACGCAUAAGUGUACAGCCCGGACAACAUUCGUGAUAUUUAUGUCGUGAUUUUCACAAAUUUACUCAUACUGAUAUCAUACGGAAGUCACCGCGUGAUAAAUGAAAAUCAUAAGAACGCCACGUCGUGAUUUUCACAAAUUUUAUUCAUACGGACAUCAUCCGGAUGUCACUGCGUGAGAAAUGAAAGUCAUGUCGUGUUUUUUUAUGACAUCGCUGUUUGCGAUUGACCGAUGGCCUAAAAAAUCAUGUCGUGAUUUUGUAUGCCAACGGUGUUUGGAUAAUAAUUUUUGCGCCACGUUCGUACACUAAGAGAAAAAUUAUUUUGAAUCAACAGUUUUUUGCGGUUAAAUACAUUUAAUAUUUUCUUGGAUUUAAAUUAAUAGUUAAUUUAAAUCCAAGAAAAUAUUGAAUGUUAAACUGUUGAUUCAAUUGUUAACAUACUUUUUCUUUCAAUGUACAAAUGUGUCGCAAAAAUGAAUAUCCAAACACCGAUGGCAUAAAAAAUCAUUUCGUGAUUUUUUAUGCCAUCGGUGUUUGGAUAUUUAUUUUUGUGUCACAUUCGUACAUUGAGAGAAAAAGUAUACCUACAUAUAUAUUGAAUUAACAGUUUUUGUGGUUAAAUACAUUCAAUACUUUUUUUGGAUUUAAAUUAAUAGUUAAUUUACAUCCAAGAAAAUAUUAAAUGUAUUUAACCGCAAAAACUGUUAAUUCAAUUGUUAACAUACUUUUUCUUUCAAUGUCCGAAUGUGGCGCAAAAAUAAAUAUUCAAACUUGUCGGUGCACCGAUGGCAUAAAAAAUCAUGUCUUGAUUUUUUAUGCCCAAACUCCGAUAGCAUAAAAAAUCAUCCAUCGGUGUUUGGAUAUUUAUUUUUGCGCCACAUUCGUACAUUGAGAGAAAAAGUAUACUUACAUAUAUAUUGAAUCAACAGUUUUUGUGGUUAAAUACAUUUAAUAUUUUUUUGGAUUUAAAGUAAUAGUUAAUUUACAUCCAAGAAAAUAUUAAAUGUAUGUAAGAAGGAGACAAAGAGGCAUAACACAAAGAAUGGAGCAAAUGGGAUGGCUACAAAUGAGCCAACGACGUGCGCUUCAUUGCUUUGUGAUGUAUCACAAAAUUAUAAAUAUAAAAUGUCCUUCUUAUCUGUUUGAAAAAAUAUUAUAUAGAUAUGAUGUUCACAAUAUAAAUACAAGGCACAAACAACGCAUAUCUCCACCAAAAUACAAAUCUGUUAUGUAUCAGAGAUCAUUUUCUUAUGCAAUUUACAAGUUUUUAAAUCUCUUACCAUUAAAUUUUAUGGCACUUUCUAAGACAAA